AUGGAUGAGGCAAAGCAGACUCCUCUCGGAGAUACCCCUCGAGACUCAACUCCACCGCCCCGGUCCGACCGUGGGAGGCUUGAGGCCAAGAAAAACCCCGCUACCAACAUGCACCGUCGAACAAGGAGCUCCGCAAGGAUGAGUGAGGGCCCCACGCGACCGAGUCCCUUCGACCCUGAGGCUGUCGAUAGUGCUUUGCUGCGAGAGUUUAGCCGCCCGCAUCGUGAGAGCACGCCAAGCGCAAGCCCUCAUAGGAAGCGUCAACGCAUAAACGGCGAUCGGUUAGUGCAACAAAGUCUUCGUACCAUCCAUCCUGCCUUCUCAAAACUGAUCGAAGUACCUAGAUUCAUCCCCACGCGAUCUGGCCAGGAUCUGCAGGCUAGCUUCAGCUUGCUCCAUGACGACGGCUCACCGGCCACACCAUCAAAACAGAAGAAGCGAACUCCUCAAGGGGAGCUUCACUUUCAGAAGACGGAGGAAGCAAACCGUACAUUCUCAACUCUGCUUCGUGCCGAGCUGUUCGAGGACUCAGUACCUCAAGUAACACCUCCUACGCUAUCCCCCGACCACACACUCCACUCAGUCUCUCAUUACGACGAACAUGAUGGGACGAGGUCAAGAACACCCCCGCCCCAGGGCUCCAACAACGCUGCUCGGUCUUCGUUGACACCUUCAACACCUCACAAGAAUCUCUUCUCCUACCUCUCACCACGUCACCACAACCACAUCGCUGGCCACCCUACACCAACAAAGACACCACAGAGCCGUCAUGGUCCGAACCUGGACACGCGGGCAGAGAUCUACAGCCUAUCACCCGUAAGGCUGAAUAGCCAACAAAUACUUCUAAGCCCACGUCGUCAGCCUCGAGCAGUCAGCAAGGUCCCUUACAAGGUCCUCGAUGCCCCAGAGCUGGCCGAUGACUUUUACCUUAACCUGGUGGAUUGGGGGAGCGCAAAUGUACUUGGCGUCGGCCUCGGCUCUAGUGUUUAUAUGUGGAACGCUCAGACGAGUAAGGUUAACAAGCUCUGCACACUGGAAGACGAUACCGUGACGAGUGUCUCUUGGAUUCAGAAAGGAACACAUCUGGCUAUCGGUACAGGCAAGGGGCUUGUUCAGAUCUGGGACGCGGAAAAGACGAGGAGGUUACGAACCAUGACUGGCCACACGGCCCGUGUUGGGUCCCUCGCAUGGAACACACACAUUCUCACUUCUGGAUCACGAGACCGACUCAUUUAUCACCGUGAUGUGCGGGCACCGGACCAGUGGAUGAGGAAGCUUGUCGGGCACAAGCAGGAAGUGUGUGGACUGAAAUGGAACUGCGAAGACGGUCAGCUGGCGAGCGGUGGUAAUGACAACAAGCUCAUGGUCUGGGACAAGCUAUCAGAGACGCCCCUGUGGAAGUUCUCCGACCACACUGCCGCCGUUAAGGCCAUGGCCUGGUCGCCGCAUCAGCGAGGCCUGUUGGCAUCGGGCGGCGGCACGGCUGACAGACGCAUCAUCUUCCACGACACGGUCAAGGGAACUGUCAUCAACGAGAUCGACACUGGCAGCCAAGUUUGCAACCUCGCCUGGUCCAAGAACUCGAAUGAGAUUGUGUCGACACACGGAUACAGCCAGAACCAAAUUGUGGUUUGGAAGUACCCGUCUAUGACUCAGGUUGCCAGCCUCACCGGACACACCUACCGUGUAUUGUAUCUGGCAAUGAGCCCUGACGGCCGCGUCGUCGUCACAGGUGCUGGGGACGAAACACUGAGGUUCUGGUCGUUGUUUGGUCGUCGACCAGGUGCGCGAGAAGAAGGUGACGCGGGCGGUCGUUUCGGAAACUGGGGUGUGAUCCGGUGA